UUACGUAUUUUGCCACGCUCUGGCAACGUCAUUGAAUUUGUGGGUUUGUGACGUUUUCCACAAGGGGUUCUUUUGAUCUGUAUAAUUUAAAGUAUUUUUUCAUGUUUGAACAGCUUAAAACAAUGAUGGACCCUGGCGCAGAAGGAAGUGCAUUUAUGACACACCCUUCAGUUCGUAUUAAAGGGACUGAGCUGGAAUGGACUGCAGAAAUAUGUAGAAGCCAAGACUGUCAGGGAAUUGUUUCGAAGGGUCAACAUAUGCACUGUCCAUUUUGUCCUGUAAAGUCUAUUUUCACUGACCCAUUCUUGUUGAGGGCGCACUAUAGAGUGAAGCAUGUUGACAAAGGAGUGGACUUUGCUGGCCUACGGAUCUUGCGCUGUUCCAAUGACUGCUUCAUUCAAGGAGUCAUCAAAGAAGAGAAGAAGUUCAAAGGUGCACACUGGCAUUGCUUCCGAUGCAAAAAUGCAUUCAAUCGCAAGGAUGAGGCCCUCAAGCACUUCAAGACACAUUUCAAAAAUCCUGCCACCACAUUUCAAAUACAGAUAGCACAGGAUAUCAACCAGCCUAAUAUUUUAGACAUGUACAAUAAACAGAGCGGCCCAAUGAGUUUCCGAAUGUACGCCAAGUUGAACACGAGAGCCAACCUACAGCAACGGUUGCAGAGCUUCCAAGAAACUGUCAUCGAUGUUGAAUCUGCUGUUACUGAUGAGGAUAAGGAAGAAUACAUCAUAUCCGAAGCACAUGAGGGCACUGUUGUUGACAAUGGUGAAAUUGUUCUGAUUACAUCUGAAAAACCAGAUGGAAUGAGAAAAACGGAGGAAAUAAUUGAAGCAUUACAGAAGCAGGUGAAUACAUUAGUAGAAGAAAAGGAAGAUAUGGAGAGGCACUUCCAAAAUAAGAUUGAAAUAUUGAAUGAAGAGAAGAAGCUGCUGCGCCAACAAUUAGAUUCACUUCAGCAGGGAAUCCUGAGCAAGAUGCCAGCCUCUGUUCUCCUUGAGUCGCAGUUUAUUGCUCGAAGUUUAGAGCAACAGUUUAAAGACUUUGUCCAGUUUAACAUGAGCAAACUGAGCCAGUGUUUCCUUGGUAUGGCGUCAUCAGAGUUGUCCAUGAACCAUGUGGAAAAUAGUCAAGAAGGACUUUAUAAUGUCACAAUACAGUCCCGUAAUGAGCCAGGACAAGAUUUUGUAAAUUCAGAUAAUGUAACCUCGCAUGAACUUGUACAAAAUGUUAUCACAACUGAAGACUACGUGCAUAUUGAUGGCGUAACAUCACAGGUGAUCGGAAACAGCUCUUGUGUGGUCUCGCAGGAUGUCAGUCAUCUUGACUCCAAUGGCAGCAUAUCAGAAGACUUUCAACAGAGUGGUGUAAUGACAACACAAGAAUUGAUUCAAAAUGGUUUGACAUCACAUAAUCUGCAGCAGAAUGUGACAUCACAGGAAUUUGGACAGGACUCCAUUGAAGAUCAUCAGGAAGAACAUAUUGAUGUUGGAAUGCAUCAAGAUCCAACAGCCACACUUGUUCUAAAUGUAGAAACCACUGGCCAAGAUGUUCCAGAUAAGGAAAGUAUAAUGGAUGGAACUGCAGGGAAUCCACCUGAGAAUAUUGCCAAUAAUAGCAUUCAAUACAUCACUGCAUCUGCAGAAGAGAUACUUGACAUCAGUGUGGUGCAGAACUCUUCCAAUGUGCCAUCAGCACAGUUCCAAGUGUCCAUUAGAGAAACCAGUAAUGACCAGCCUCAUGAACAAAGCAUCACACAGAAAAGAACAUACCAAGGUAGAAGUACACCACCGGUGACUAGAAAAAGAGGCAAGACAAAUUAGUUGAAGAAGUAAUAGAAUGGUGAUGACUUGGCAGACCUUGGGGUAUGGGCGCUGUCAAAAUGUUGAAUUCCCUUUGAAACAGCCUAAUCGGAACAUGUAUACAUUAGCCAGGAUUAUGCGCAUGUCAAACGAGCAAGUUUGUGUACGUUUAUGUUGUUAAAGGUCUCGCACCUUAGCAAAAAUAUGGAGCUUUCGAUGUCCACAAUAGUGUGACGCUAGAACGGAUUCACUCAUGCAUGACUGUCCUACGUUCUAUGCACUACGUAGAUUUGACCAAAUUGCAUUGUAGAAUCCAUGUGACCGCAAAAACUUAAUGUUAUUGCAUGUACAGAUGACUUUAUUUGACGUUAUUAUGUUCGACGUCUGACUGUUGUCGUGCAAUCGAUCAAAAGCUCCAAUAGCCAUGGUCCACUGUGGUCCCAUCCAACCCUGUUUGUUGCUAACUAUUGCCGAAUAGAUUUCCUAUGUACUGUCAGUGCAUCUAAGGCAUAAACUUGUGAGGUUUUACUUUUAAAGAUAUUCCACUUAAAACAGUGAGAAAAAACUUUUGCUUAUUUAUAAAAAAACUAAUCACAUGCAUUAUCACAUUUUAUUCUAAAUGGUGUUUUUGUCAGAAGAUUCAAUAGGAGAUUCAAUAGGAAUGAUGUUUUGCUCAAGCUUGGUCAUCUGAUGGUUAAGACACCAGGCAAGUUAUCUGGAGGUUGUGGGUUCGAUUCCCACCCGAAUCACUUGCAAAUUUUUUUUUCCUCCAGUAUUUGGGACCGUACUGAGCAUUCACUAUGAUAACAUGUCAGUAGGGCAAAACAUCAUUCCUAUCUUCACAUUUUCAUGUGGUUUUAAAUGAUUUACAGCCAUUUUACUACACCCAAUUGCCCUUAAAUUUACUGGAAAAAAUAUAAGGAUACAGUAUAUGCAAAGACAUGGAAAAUUGUCAUUUAAAGGUGAGAAAAGAAUGUUUUUGUUUUUAUUUCCAGUUGGAAGUUAAUAACUUACAAAGUAAGAAAUUCAUUAAAAAAAUAUUUUGUGAAUAAUAUGUUUAUUAUAGGAGUGGAGUUGAAUAGCUUGGUGGUUAAGAUGCUUGCCUUCCAAUCCCAGGGUGCUAGGUUCGAUUCCUGUCACGGCAACAGGAUUUUUUCUCAUGAUCAAAUCCUCAUAAUGAGACUUGGUUUAUAUACAACAACUUGUUUACUGUAUUUGUUUGUGUCUUGUAAAAGUAUUGCCACUUUGGCAUAUCCUUGGCCUUGAGCCUAAAAAUGUAUAAAUAAAUAGAUUUAUGUGGCAGUAAAUAUUUUAAUAUUUAUUGCACUGAAAUGAGUUUUCGAAGAUAUAGUAAUUUUUCUGCCAAUUUUAAGCUAAUAGCCCUGUAAUAUAAAUAUUAGUAGCAAGAGGUGUACACUUGUAUACUGCAUAUUGCUGGGUCUUAGUUGUCUUGAAAUGGUUCUGUAAGUGGACAAAAUAUAUGAGUACCGUAAUGACCAAAUAAGCAUCAAGAAACUUAUAUAAUUUUGGUGAUUUAUUUUCAGGCAAUUAUUGAAGAGGAGUGCUUUCAACAAAUUAUUGGAGCAUAAAAAUGUACCCUGUGUUGUACAUAUGCUUAUCUGAUUUGUUAGAAUGUUAUUUACGUCAGAAAGAAAGAUUAUAUUCUCUUGAAUAAUUGCCACAAUGUGAAUUUCUCACGUCACUUUUAUUCUACUUCAAUGAAUUAAUUUUAUUUAAAAUAGAAUGUAAGCGAUGCAAAAAAUUUAUGUUUGGUGUAGCACUUAUUCGAGAAUAAGAACUUAUUUGAUCAUUACGGUAAUCAAAUUCAAAGACAUUUAUUCAGUAGGUUGCAGACAAAGCCAAAAAAAUCUAUCCUAGGAUAUUCAAACAUUCCAUGCUAUUUGCAAUUGUUAAAAGUAUUACAGUCCAUAUAUUGCAGAUGUUUUUCCAGCUACAAUAUUUGUUUUUCAAUAAGUUGUUUCUGUUAUUUGUACUCUAGACAGAUGUAUUUAUAAUUUUCUAUAUAUCACUAUUAUUAUUAACUUCAUAUAUUAUCUACCAAGUCAAUACAAAACAAUAUGAAAAUUCGACUUUAUUAUUAUUAAUAUUAUAAACAAUAUUCAUAUUAUUGAUAUUUCUUUAUAGAGUUGAAUGGGUGUUAUUGUGAAAAUAAUUGUGAACAAUUACGUUUAUUAGUAAACUGCUACUCACAUAGUGAAACUGCAUAAUUUGCUAAAAACAUGUCAGAUCAAAUGCUAAUCUGAAGACGGUAGUAUAUUCAUGUGUUUUAUUUGUGUUUUAAUAAUUCUUGCUCUAUUAUUGAUCAAAUUAGUGAACAAAGGUGUUUUGCUUAUUAUAAUUUUUAAUACUGUGUGUCAGUAAUUUAAUGAAAAAAAGCUUUUUAUACCAAGUGUUUUCUGUAAUUGAAUUAAAAUUCAAA